AUGUAUUCUCCUAGCUUGACCAAUCAAUAUAAGAGUCUCCUGCGAGUAUCGCGAGUGACUUGUUUUAAACCAUCAACCGCUCGCCUCUCCCUUUCCUCUGCUAGGAUCUCAUCUAGAGCAACCACAUCUACUACCUCUCUUCGCCCCUCCGUCGGCACACACUUCAAUCUCACUCGACGAGCUUUUUCCUCUACCCCCACCGUUCGAUUCACACCUUCAUCCACCAUGUCUGAGGGCAAGGUUGUGAAGAUUGAGACCGAGCAGGAGUUCAGGGAGAAGGUCCUUGAAGCCUCUGGCCCUGUCGUUCUCGACUGCUUCGCCGAGUGGUGCGGUCCUUGCAAGGCCAUUGCUCCUAAGCUCGCUCAGUUCAGUGAGCAGUACCCUAGUGCAAAGUUCUACAAGAUCGAUGUCGACCAGCUCGAGAAGGUCGCUGCUGAGCUUGGUGUCCGCGCCAUGCCCACUUUCAUGCUCUUCAAGGAUGGAAAGAAGGUGUCUGAUGUCGUUGGCGCCAACCCCCCGGCCCUUGAGGCCGGUAUCAAGUCUCUGAUCGCAUGA